UUUGUGCACAGGUGAAGCUGGUAGACAGCCACGAGGUGCCGAUCAGCAAUGGAACAGUGGAGAUUUUGUUGAUGGCAACUCACCAGCAGCUCUAUCAAGUGACGGAUGCUGAGGGGAGAGCUGAAUUCUCCAUAGAAACCAGUAAUAUCAGAAGUGACGUUUUGUCUUUUACGGCUAUGUAUCAAAACAAACCUUGGUGUAAUAGCGACCACUGGAUUACACCCAGUCAUGGUAAUGAAUUUCACACAGUGUACAUGUUUUAUUCUCCAAGCAACAGUUAUGUACAUGUUGAGCCUGCGUCAAAGACUUUAAGCUGUGGCCACCGUGAGCCGGUUCGGGUGCGUUACAUCCUUAACCAAGGUGAUGAGAAGGAGGACGAGAUUGUCUUCUAUUACAUGGUCAAGGCUAAGGGGGACAUCAUACGAACAGGGACACACAGGCAGCCAGUGGAACAGGGAACAG